AUGAAAAUAUGUGGUGAUGUAGUGUAUAAGAUUAGAGAGUCUAUUAAGUUUCUGAGAAAAUCUGAAAGUCGAAUGGUUAAGUUUAAAAAAUGUUUUGAAGAUAUUGAGGGACUUGAGUAUACGACUGCAUUAUGUUUAGAUGUUCCUAUUAGGUGGAAUUCACUUUAUGCAAUGCUUGCAAGUGCUAUUCCUUAUAAGAAAGCUUUUGAAAUAUAUAAAGUAAAAGAAGCUGUGUUUAGGGAGUAUUGUCCUUCAUCAGAUAAGUGGAGAAGAACUGAAAAGAUUUGUGAUUUCUUGUUACCAUUUUACAAAACUACCAAGUUGAUGUCUGGAACUUCUUACCCAACAUCCAACUUGUAUUUUUUACAAGUUUGGCAAAUCCAGCUUAUUUUAAUGAAUAGUUUGAAGAAUGAUGAAGUGCUUAUAAGGAACAUGGGAGAAAAAAUGAUGAUUAAGUUCAAGAAAUAUUGGGGAGAAUACAGUGUUGUUCUUGCAUUUGUGGCAGUUCUUGAUCCUAGAUUUAAACUCAACACUUUGGUUCAUUGCUAUAAUGAGAUUGAUCCUAUUAAUGCUAAAGACAAAGUGGAGCAUGUGAAGAGUAAGUUAUACAAGCUUUUUGAGGUUUAUGACCAAAAUUCCUCUACAACUGUAGAGAAUUCUUCCCAACUUUCAAGUAAUUUUUCUCAAGCAACAUCUUCUACAAUUGGAACUCAGCUUAUUAAAAUUGUUGGUGAUUUGAUGUCCCGUAAUCAAGAAGCAGAAGUGAAAAGUGAAAAGAACCAACUGGAUAUUUAUUUGAGUGAGGCAACAUUAUUUUACAAUGAUGCAAUCAUUGAUGUUUUGCAAUGGUGGAAAGACAACCAUCAUCGUUUUUCAACACUAUCACUAAUGGCACGAGAUUUGUUGAGCAUUCCUAUUACUACCGUGGCUUCAGAAUCUGCAUUUAGCAUGGGUUCUCAUGUUUUGAAUAAGUAUAGAAGUCAUUUGUUGUCAGAUAAUAUUGAAGCGGUGAUUUGCACCAAAAAUUGGAUACGUGGAUAUGAUGAUUUUGAGGAAGAUAUUGCAAAAGGAGAAGGCUAUUCUUCAAGAGUUGGUUCCAAUGAUGUUAUUGACUUAUAUGAAGAUGAAGAUGAAAAUUAA